AUGCUGACAUAUGGAGCCUCCUUGGAGGAUGUUCCUCCGGUGAAGGAGGUCAUCCUGGAGGUGCGGAUACUGUACAUGGAGUUCAAUGCCGAAGCGUUAGCCCGCCUUGAGAACAAGGACAAACUCUCUAUCGCCGUCAUGUACAAGGGGGAGGACCUGGCUCAGGCCUGCGGGGAUGGUCGGCGGGUAUCUUACAAGGUGUUUAGGAAAAAGAUAGACGACACCUCUGUCACUCUAACUAUCAACAGCACCUUCCAGCUUCCCUUCAGCUCUGCGUUUCCAAUGGCCAAUCCCAGUCUGGAACUCUAUGUGAUGAUGGAGCAGAGGCUGCGACAGCCACACGGGGCGACUUCGCGCGUGCGCUUUGCAGAAAACAUUUCAGUGACUCUCUCCCUCUAA